AUGGAUCCUUCUUUAAAUAGUUUUCAACAAUCUCCUCUAAUGUCGCCUAAUGCCCCACCCCUUCCGAAUUCUCCUCCAAAUUCACUAAUGCCCCCUAAUUCACCUCCAUAUCCAACAUCUCCGAAUUCACCUCCUAGAUCUCCUUUGAUGCCUCCGACCUUGCCUCCAAAAUCUCCUUUGAUGCCUCCAAAAUCUCCUUUAAUGACGCCAAGCGUACCGCCAAGAUCUCCUAUAAUGACGCCGGGUGUACCUCCGUCUCCUUAUAUGCCUUCAAAUUUACCUCCAAAGUCUCCUUAUAUGCCACCUAGUCUACCUUCAAAAUCUCCUUAUACAUCUCCAACUUUGUCUCCUUCAAAUUCUGUAUCAUAUUCAAUGUCUCCUUUAAUGCCACCAAGUUCAACAUUUUCAAAAUCUCCUCUAAUGUCACCUAACUCAUAUGUGAAAUCAGAUACUAGUCCUUUAAGCAUCCUCAUUGAGACAGAAGAGGAAUAUUUGUCUGAUUUGAAAUGUUUAUUACAGCGAGUCACUACAAGUUGGAAUAAUGAAAAUCCACCUCCGAAACAGUUAGAUAGUAUGUUCUGUUUAAUUGAUAAAGUUUAUAGGGAAAAUCGGGAAUUGUUCCAUAAACUUAACAAAAUUAAACAUGAUUCACAAUUUACACAAAGUUUCGCUGACGUAUUAAUGAAUUGGAUUGAUAGAAUGGAAAAGCCAUACACAAAUUAUUGUCAAGGUUAUAUACGAGGCAUCGAGUCAUUACCUGAGAUUGAAGGAAAUAUAACUUUGCAACAAACGUUGAAUGAUAUCUCAUCAGAAAAGAAUCAACCCAGAACUUUAGAAUCCUUUUUCGAAUUACCAUUAAAGAGAAUUCACUAUUAUAAAAGAUUUUAUUCACGUCAGCUUAGGAACUCUGAGCCGGGAAGCACGGAUAAUAUGUAUUUUACAAAUGCAAUUAAACGCAUUGAUUCACUUAUAGAAACAGAAAAGCGGGCCAAGGAUUCGCCAAAUUCAAAUGACUUACCAAUCUCACCAACUAAUCAACCUUCAGCUCCAUCUGAUAAUUCUCAAGUAGAUAUGGACCACCCUGAUUCUCCAGGGUCACCCGUAAAAAAAAUUUGGACAUUGACAGAAUUGGAAUUUUGCUUGGAUACAACUAAAACUGUGGAUUUUAUCACAUUGAACAAAAAGCAAAUCAAAAUUGAUCUUCGCCCUCCGCGUCUUCCAUUUAAUCGUGAACUAAUUCUUGAUUCUGACUUUACUAUAGUAAAUGAAGAUUAUGAAUCAAACAGUUCACCUAACAAUUUUGUUAGAGCACAUUUAUUUUUAUUGACAGAUCUUUUGUUAAUCUGUCAACAAUUAAGUCCGGAAGAAAAAGAAGACAAUCUCAAUAAGGAAUUUAAUUUAUUACAUCCACCAUUUAGUGGAAGGUAUUUAUCUAUAAAUGACAAUUAUGAUGGAAAAGAAGGUUUGUUUGAUUUUUAUAUAGAAUUUUUAGAUUUGGUGAUUUUGACAAAGAAUCGUGAACAAAAAGAAAUGUGGUUACAAGAACUUAGCAAAAUGAUAAACUUUACUAUUCAAGCUGCUAGUUCAAGACCGCCAACGAUCUCUGGGCUAAAUACAUAUGGCCAACAAAAUCUAUCAAAUUCACGACUUUCAGUUCCUCAAAAUCCGCAAAGUCCACAAACACCACAUAUUAAAAAAAGUUUAAGCACUGGUAAUCUACAAGGAGAUUAUCGACUGCAACCUCCAGCAGGAAGUCAUAUGUCACAUCCUAAUUAUGGGCAAAAUGAACUAAAUGUUACACAGUAUGAAAGAUUUCCACGAACAGCAUCAACAAUGUCGCAAGACAAUGAACUAAACGUUGCACAGAGAUUUCCACGGACAGCAUCAAUGCGGUCUCAAGAACGUUUAAGAGAAGUAGAGCAGACAGUUACUCGAUUAAUUGAAGCAAAGUGUAAAGUAUUCUUACAAAAAGAUCAUGGAGUUUGGAAGAAUUUUGGAUGGGGAGAUAUGACAUUGGAUUUAGAAUCACCAUCACGAAAUAAAAGAAUUAUUAUCGACAUAGACAAACCAAAAAUGGCAAGAUUUGUAGACGCGAUUGUUUCGGAAUCGGGAGUUCAAAAAACAGGAAAGUGUAAAGUAGCAAUUACAGUAUCAAAUGCACAAACACCUGUACCAAGUAUUUAUUUGAUGCAAAUGAAGGAUGAUGUUACUGCUAAAAAAGUGUAUGAAUAUAUAAGAAAGUCAUAA